GAGGUGUAUUAAAUCGUUGAUGGCGGAUUACGAAAUAUUUUACUGCAUGCAUUCUUGCUCUGUCGUGUUUAUGUACUAAUUUUAAAUUCUUUGGUUAGGAUGUUAUCAAAGUGAAUAGAUUCUCUUCAUCCUCAUCAGAAAGAAAUGUGAUGUACAUAGUGUAAGCAUUUGGUAUCCCUAAACUUUUAGCCUUAUCAUGGAUACCAGCCCAACGUCGAGUAUGAAUUUUGAACGGACUUGCCGUUUGUGUGUUAAAGAAAGUACAACUCUCAACCCAAUAUGCCAUUCUGAAAACCCCCUCUCUGAUCUCAUCAAAGAAUGUGUUGAUAUUGUGGUUCGAGUUGAAGAUGAAUUACCCAAACAUGUUUGUCAAGAUUGCCUGGAUCAAAUGGAAUCAUGGAAAUCUUUCAAAACUUCUUGUCAGAAAUCAGAAGACUUUCUCUGUAGUGUUUUAAAUAGGUUACAUUGCUCAAUAGCGGAUGAUGGAGAUGCAGCAAAUCUCAAAGAAAAUGCUUCUAAAGACAAAAGUGAUAAAAGCAUUCCUGAGGAAGAAGAACCCAGUUCUAGAAAGUGUGAUUCAAAAAAGAAACAUAGCAAAGAGGAAGAAAAUAGCUGCAAUUCUAAAGACGAAUCCCAAGAGGAAAGAGGAUCUACAUCUGAAGAGCAAAUACAAAUUGAAGAAACUUAUCAUAUUGAAGAAGGAGAUGAGGACAAAGAAACUUCUCAAAUGGAAGAAAAUCCUCAGCUCGAAGAGGAAGGCGAAAAUGAUGAAAGUUCCCAGAUUGAAGGGCAAAUCAUGGUAUGUGAUGACAACAGUGGGAGCUCGACUGAAAGUGCCGACAGCAUCGAGUGUAUUGAUACCACGAAAAAUGACCCGCCCAAGAAAAAUCAAAGUCCCUUGAUCCGACUUGCUGACCCUGAGGCUUUUAAGCUAUUAAUUGAAGCAGAGUUUUUAGAAACCAAUCGGAAUCUAUACCGAUCACUUUGUAGUGAAAACUAUUUUGCCUGCACAGCGGACAAAGUUGUACAAGGGCAGAAUUGCCUUUUGCUGGAGCUAGAGAAAAAUGUAUUUUGCGAAGUGGAAUUUGUGAUGGAUGGCUUUUUGCGGACAGCUUCUGAGCUUUCUGAAACCAGAGAUGAAGAUUCACAGAUGGUAGAAACAAUUUUGACAGAAUCUGAAAAUACCGUGAACGUAACUCUGUCCGAAAAGGAUGGUGUUCAGUACAUCAUUUUGCCCGCAGAAGGUGAAACUGAAUUAUCGGAAUCACAAGGAAAUCUUCUAGCAGAAAAUCAGAAAGAAUUGAAUCCAUCUAUCCUCCAAUCCAUAUUAAAAUCUAAUAGUGAGUCAGGUUCAAAGGAAGCUCUGAUGUUCCAUAAAUAUGCCAGAUCGCCUGGAGAAAAAGCAGUGAAAUUCUUGAUCCCUCCUUCCGCAGACUCCGGGAGCCAUUUUAUGUUGCCAGUAACUUCUCAAAGUGGAACAACGCAGUUCUAUCAAAUAGUACCUUCACAGACUCAACUUGUGAAUCAACCAAAUCUGAUCACCACCAAAGGGAUCAAACGUAGUAUCUCAGAUUCAGGAGUGUCGGUGCCGAAGAAGCAAAAGGUGUUGAUGCCUGCGCCGACUAAGGCAGUGACUGUUGAAUCAGCACGCUCACCACGAAAACAAUCCUUCUCACCAGGAUUAGUUCAAACUAGAACUAGAUCCAAACUCAAGCCUAUUCUUAAACCCUCCGCACAGAAUGUCUUGCCAGCUAGGAAGCAACCUUCAUCAAAAUUAGCCCAACCCAGUCCUGGAGUCAAAUCAAAUGAUGCGGGAAAUAAAUUUGCCAAUAAAUUCAAAUCUACUGAUGACAUCUCUCAACGAAUUCAACAAAUUAUUGAAGCUAACGAAGAAAUCCUUCAGAAGACAUGGGGUCAAUAUAAGAAAGAAGAGGAAGAAAUGAGUAAAGAACAAGAGGAGCAGGAAGAAGAGGAACAAAUAUUCUCGAUACCAAUCAAGUCUGCCCCAGAUCAGCCUCACGCCACUGGGAAGUACAAGGCGAUUCUGGGCAGACCUCCCAAAUCGCCAGCCAAGCCAACAACGAGAUUUAUAUUGCAGCCCAUUCAGAACAAAGACGGUGAAACGGGGCAACAAAAAGAAAAAACAAGCUCUGAAAAUGAAGGUGACACAAGUAAGCAACCCCUUGUUAAUUCUACCCCCCUCUCAUCAGUACCUUUCACGCUAACUUUAGCACCUCUUACGACGUCCUUACCUAAAGUUCCAAUUCCUAGGUUACCAGUCACAACUAGAUCACCUCCAGUCAAACCUAAACUCAUUCCUCCUAUCUUGAAAGCACCUAAAGCUGCUAAAUCUUCUUGUCCUAAAAACGCGAAAACAAAAAACAUCGAUGAUAUUCUUUUCGAAGGUCUAGACCUAGAAACAUCAAAUCUUUCCACCAAUUAUUCGGAAGAAAGCGCGAGCGAAAAGAGUGAAGUAAAAUAUACUAUAACUGAGGAGGGUCACCGAGAGCCAGUUGUAGCAACCAGCCUUUUGAGUAGUAAAAAAAGCUGGAAGGAGAAAGUACCUGAGCAUAUGAAAAUGGAUCCUGCGACUAUACCGAAAAAUAAGCAGAGAAGUCAAAUUUUACAAAGGUUCUAUUUACCGACUGAACCUACGGUGUUUGAUGGUGAGACUUCCAAUGUUGUAAUUGACCAUGACGAGAACGAUGAUGGGAUCAAAGAUGUACUGUUCUGGGCUGAUCAGCUUCCAGACCCGCCUAAAGACGAUGAAAAUGAAGCAGAUCAAACGACGAAUAAUCAGAAUGGUCUUCCUAUCAUCAGGAGAAUCCGGAAACGAAAACGCAAGAUCUACAAGAAGAAACCAAAACCUAAGAUUUACCAAUGCCAUCUUUGCGAAAACGUAGCAUAUGCAAAGUUUUAUGAAUUAACUCAUCAUGACAAAGAAUAUCAUGGUGAACUGCCCGCUAAUGAAGCUUGUGGAAUUUGCGGCAAAUGUUUCAUAUUUGAAGACAGAGUACACUGGCACCAAAGCAUUUACCAUGCGGAGAAAACUAUGUUCUGUGAUCUUUGCGAUAAAGGUUUCUCAAACAAAGAGCGUUUAAACAUGCACAAGAGACUUCACAGUGACAAAUUUAUCUGCGAUGACUGUGGUUAUCGUGCCCCUACAAGCAGAAAACUUGUCGAACACGCUAGGAAACACACUGGAGAAAAACCCUACAUGUGUCAUAUUUGCGGAAUGAGACUUGCCUCAAAAGUUUCCGUUAAACAGCAUGCCUUGAAACACACAAAGGAGAAACCAAGAGAAAAAUGGCAGUGCAAGGAUUGUGAAUACAGCUCCAUGAACAUGACAUCAUUUUACAAUCACCGUAAACGUCACCAAACAGUCUCAACAUUCUUGUGCGAAGAGUGCGGGCAAAAUGUUUUGACCAAGUCUAGACUCUACAAGCAUAUGCGCUUUGCCCAUGGCCCUGAGACUCUGGGCCAUUAUGUUUGUGGUGAAUGCAUGGGAAUAUUCCAUUCGAAAACGGCCUGUGAUGACCAUCUCAAAGAAAAGCACAAUAUGAAUAGUCAGAGUCGCUCCUUUGUUUGUAAGCUGUGCUUCAAGAGCUACGCUACCAAAGCAGCCUGUAAAAAGCACUUUAGAACUCACAAUAUUGGCUAAAAGUAGCCUCUGAUCAAAGCUCAAGAAUGGACUUAAAAGUAACAAACCCUUACUUUACCCCUGUACCUACUCCAAAUUAUUUUAAUCUUCUUGUUUUUCUGUCUCCUUUUUAGUUAACAGACUGAUUCAUUGCUACAUUUUUUUUAAGAAAAAUGUAAAAGUAUCUUCAUUGUGAAAUGUUCUAAAGCACUUGAAUGAUAUUGACGGCUAAGGUCGAAAAAUAUGUAUCUCAGAUCAUGACAUCGUAAUUUUUUGCUUAUGUUUUAUUUUCUUAAAAGACAACUUACCUACAGUCUCUAUUGAAAUUUUCUAUGAAUUUUCUCCACUCAUUUUAAAGAAUCACAUAAAAUUUUAUGGAAACAUUUUGAUCAGUUUUUAUUGAAGGAAGUAAAACAUGAUCGUAGAUUUUUAAAUGUUGCAAAUCAGGUAUGCAUUCGUCGCCUUUUGCCUAAAAAAUUACCUAAAAAUCUUUCAUAACAGAAAGUAUUACAGAAUUUUCAAAAAUUCCUCAUUCUUUAGUGAUGGUAAUAGCACACAUGAAUACUGAUUGUACCUAAUAAAUUUGUUCUGAGCAGAAGUGAAAAUUAUUCUCAUCGAAAAGAAAACAUUGUCAAAAAUGUAAAAUUGAGUACCAAAUUAGCAUAAAAUUAACUUAAAAGGGCUUUUGCUUCAGUACUUACAAACGGGGCCAAUGUUGUCAGUAUCAAAUGCUCUACUGUACUAUUUUUGGUAACUUAUCAAAGAUAGUUACCAAAAAUAGUACAGUAGAGCAUUUGCACAAAGAAAAUAUGAUGUAACAUUGGUUACUCUAAUCCCCGUCAUUUAUUUGAUGUACAUGUGAGAUCUCUAUUGUUGAGGGACCUCCUAAUGCCCUGUUUUUCAGGUCUGUGGCUCAUUGACUGAUCUUUAUAGAUUUAUUUACUGGUUUAGUUUUUAAAUCAUUAUCAGUUGAUUUUCUCAUUUAAAUGUUCAUGAACGAAUGAAAGAGUGUAAAUGAUUUUCAAAAAAAAAAAUAAAAAAUUGCAAGUCUAUUUCAGCGUACAUACGUCAAAAUGUCAGAAAUCCAGAUUCUUUAAAAUCAAAAAUUAACUCAGUAGCUGAAUGAAGACGAGGAAUACAUGAUACAUAUGCUUUGAUUCUCAAAUCGCAAAAUUGAUGACUAAGUGCAAAGAAAUGCAUAUCUUACUAGCAACUUUUAAAAAUUUUCGAUCAUGUUUCAUUUUUCUGAUGGAAAAGUAAUCAAAAUGCUUCCUCUCAAUUUUGGGUGAUUUAUUUUAGAAUGAGCUCAACAGCAUUCACCAAAAAUUUCAAAAGAAACUGUUGGUUAGUUUUCCUUUAAAAAGGUAAUAUCUGAGCGGAAACUAAACUCGCAAUCCGAGGAACCCAUUUUUUAACUUUAGCCAUCAAUAUUUAACUUUGUUAUCGCGAUUUUGUAAGUAUUGACCCAUAAUGUUAAGAUUUUCUCUUUCUCUUUGCUCAUACAUGCAUGGUCCUCUGUAAGGGAGCAUUUAGUCUGUCGGUCUUUUUGAAAAAGCUAGGAAGUGUUUCUCAUCAUGUAUGAAAAAAGCAUUUGGGGAUGAACAUGCCCCGAAAGAUAUCAGAAGUAAGAAGUCAAACUUUUUUUUUUUUUUUUUUUUUUUUUUUUUGUGCAUUGCAUUACUACAAAAUUGAGUUUCUCAUUAUGUUGUCAUUUUGGCACCUAAAUAUAUUAGGGCUGAAGGUGCGUCUCAUCAAGCAAUGUUGUUCUAUGCGAAAAUACUUCUCAGCAAAAUUAUAAGUCUAAGUGAGUGUACCAUUCUCUUUUUCUAAUCUUAAUGCCACUUAUUUUAGUCAUAGAACAGGAAUCUUAAUUUUUUUUACUCAUUAAAUGCUGCAAGCAAGGAGAGCCUCGAAACCGUGAAUGGUACUGACUCCUUUUAUCAAAAUAAAAUUGUUCAUAUUUUGUUCUUGUUUGGUUUUGUACAUUAUGUAAAUAUUCUUCUUUUUUUAAAAUAGUUUUUGAGAAAAAGUUUAUUUUUGUUCCUGACAUGAUUUCACUGUGUUUGCAUAGCUAUUUGUACCUUCAUUUAGAUGGUUCUGGGCGGGUCUGUUUGUAAACACUGUAUAUAAAAACAAUGUUGGAAGCCUGGUUUUCUAUUUCUGUCAAUUUUAUCUCAAUUGUUUAUUUGUAAUAAAUUCUUUUGAAAGCUGAA